AUGUGCAGGGCCGUCAAGACGUUAGAGGGCCUUUGGCACGAAUGGACCGUCAGCCUUUGGGGAAUGCCGGCCAUAGCGGCCCUCGACAGGAAAUGGGGAAGCCGGUGGCGUGCAGGGCGGCGGAGCGAGCUGCAGUGGUAUUCUCUACGGCUGGAGGUCAUCAAGGAGAUCCAGCGCGUCGCACAAGCGCAGUGGAUCGGCGAGCAGGCGGCGAUGUAUAUCGUCAACAUGCAACAGAAGCGGACGGGCUGCUCCCUUGACCAGUUCUGCAAGCGUCUACGGGCGAACAGGAAGGAAGGCGAGGCCGGACGGCCGCGCGGCCGGCCAGCCGGCCGUGCAACGGUGCAAGCGUAG